CUCAUUCUUCAUCGCCUGCUGUGGUCGUACGCAACUCAUCACUCGCUCUCUCCUCGUCGACAGGGAUUCUAGUCGUUCUACAAGUGCUACUUUUACUACUCCAGCACCAUGCUGCGUAUACUGAUGCUGGCGGGUGUCGUGCUGGGUGUGAGUUCGAGUCCCCAACCAGCCAAUAAACCUAACCUGUGUCACGUGAUCAGCCAUCACUUCGACUACGACCCCAACGGACAUGAUGGCCCCGCCCACUGGCCCGAACUGGCCUCCUGCUGUGGCUCCACCGUGCGCCAGUCCCCACGUGACCUGCCCUUGGACUCCCUCCCAUCACAGGAGUGCGACAAACCCUUUAACAUCCAGUUCCACAACUCGACCGACCAGACGGGCCUCUUUUACGACAAUGGCCACGCCCCCAACAUGGCCAUCAACAGCGCUAGCCCCACCUACGUGACAGGCGUCCCAUAUGCCCCUGAGGCCAAGUACAUCCUGGCCGGCAUUCACUUCCACUUCAGCGACGGCAGCAAGGGCGGAUCGGAGCACGCUCUCAAUGGGGAGAGAUAUGACGGAGAGGGUCCAAAAAGCAUCUUUGCCAAACUGGACCAUUUAAGCCUAAGUUACAAAAUGCCAAGCUCACGCCAAAUAUGGGAUCGUCUCAAGAGUCUCAACAGACACCAGUUCGGCUCCCCUGAUGAAAGUCCAGUUGGUCCAUUGAACGACUUGCUGAAAGAAGUCAGCAAUAUCCACGAGGUCGGGAAAGAAUUCGGUGUGGACGUCCAAGUGGACGUAGAAUCCCUCCUCCCCAAGAGCAGUGACUUCCUCACCUACGCCGGCUCGCUGACCACCCCGCCCUGCUCCGAGUCUGUCAGGUGGAUCGUCAUGGCUGAUCCUGUGCCUGUCACCCAGGACGCGCUGGAAGCUCUACGGGCUCUGCCUGCCGGCGGACAUGGACACGGCCUCAUUGCACACUUUUCCAACGCCCGUGACCUUCAGAAUAAUCAACAGCCCGUGGAGACGAACUUCAAGUGUUAAGCCUGAGGAGCUCGAGCUUGGGCUGUUCGUUUCUUUUCACUAUUGUUGUUCUUUUGUAACAGUAAUUACUUGUUUCGUUCUGUAUUUUGUCUGACUACUUUCAUUUUCAUUUUGUUAAAUAUGUCAACGGAUUUUCUUCUUUGGCGUGUCUGUUUUAGAGAAUAAGCGACAACCAGUUUUCAUCAUUAUCAAAAUGCACAUUCUUUGAACGAAAAAAUAGGUUUAUGUCACAAUGAUUUUUUAAUGUAUGAAAAAUAUUAAACUUUAUGCAUCUUUCA